GUGUGCUAAUCGAGCAAAAACCACGAUGGAGUCUCCCAUAGUCGCGGUGGCCGAAGGUCAAGUUAAAGGGUGUCAAAGAGUGAAUUUGAAUGGUGAAUCUUUUUACUUAUUUUUGGGAAUACCGUUUGCAAAACCGCCUCUUGGAGAUUUAAGAUUUAAGGCUCCAGAACCAGCUGAGCCAUGGAGCGGAGUAAGGGAUGCUACGGUUGAUGGAAACUGUUGCUAUCAACGAAAUGAGUUCACGAAAGAACGUGAGGGUUCAGAAGACUGCUUAUAUUUAAAUGUUUAUACAAAAAAAUUACCAUCAGAAUGUAAUAAAUUAAAGCCAGUUAUGGUUUGGAUACAUGGCGGGGCUUUCGUAAGUGGUAGUAACAAAAGCCACUUCUAUGGACCAGAAUACCUGAUAACUGAGGACAUCGUUCUUGUUACAAUAAACUAUCGUCUAGGUUUCUUGGGAUUUUUACAUUUAGAUGACACAUCAUUAGACGUUCCUGGUAAUGCUGGAUUGAAAGAUCAACAACUAGCACUGAAGUGGGUACAAAAUAAUAUCAAGAGCUUUAACGGAGACCCCAAUAACGUCACGAUAUUUGGGGAAAGUGCUGGAAGCGCCUCUGUUCAUAUUCAUGUAGUAUCACCAUCGUCAAAAGGACUGUUUCAUAAAGCUAUUUUACAAAGUGGAUGUUUGUUGAAUCCAUGGGUAUUUUCUAAAGAUUAUGCUUUAACGUUUACUAAAACAAUAACUGAUACCGUGCAGACUGAAAAAGAGGCUUUAGAAGUUUUAAAAAAAUUAUCCGUUGAGGAACUUUUAGGUUAUCAAGAAAAAUUUCAUGCGUCUUUAAAGGGCGCGUCUGUGAUAGGUCCUAAUAUCGAAAAACCUAACAAAACAGCUGUUCUUACAUCUAACCCUAUUGAACUGUUAACAACUGGCCAGUACAACAGGGUUCCUUUAAUAAUUGGUUAUUGUGAUAGGGAAGGAAUAUUACUGGAAGUAUACAAACGUUUCGGAAAUAAUGCUGGAGCUAAAGAAGAGGGCCAGGAGGAAUACGUUGACUUUAAGAAAUUUCUUCUGCCUGGUUUAAGUGAAGAUGAUCCUCAGAAUAAACGUAUUUUAAAUAAGCUUAUCCAGACUUACAAAAAAAGGGCAGCAGAAAAUCCAAAGGACAAAUAUUUAUUACCUACUGAUUUCUAUUUUGUGGCUGGGAUUAUUGCAGCAGGAAAUAUACAUGCAAAAACAUCCAACAAUCCGGUUUAUUUGUACAGGAUUUCAAUAGAUGCCGGCUUAAAUCUUCUUAAAAAAAUUGCAAAGAUUACUGACCCAGGUACCUGUCAUGGCGAUGACCUGGGAUACCUUUUCAACAACCAUAUAGCAGCUCAGUUCCUUGAUAAAGGCGAAACAGAAGAUCAAUCAAUUCGUCGGUUUGUGAAACUAUGGACAAAUUUUGCUAAAACAGGGAACCCAACACCACCUGCAAAUGAUUUACAAUUGACUUGGAAGACUUUCGAUAAGGGUUCUGGAUUUUUAAACAUAGGGAAAGAACUUACAGUGGGGAGCAUUCCCGAGGCCGAAAGAAUAGACAGUUGGAAGGUCAUUCUCCAAAAUAAUCCAGUUAUAGUUAAUAAUUUGUAAUUAUUGAUAUUUUACCUGUUAUGUUGAUAGAGAAUGCAAACGGAAACUAGUAGAUAUAAGGUAUUCUUUAUUAUAGCUGUUUAUAUCAGUAUUGUACUAAAAAUUGUCGUUUAUAAAAGUAGCGAUUAAACUGUUAUGUUAUUUU